AUGGGCUCCCAAGAAACGACACAGCUUCGCACACGGCCACCGCAGGAUGAAGAGCGGCAGGAUUUGCCACUCAGCAAGCCAGUCGUCGACCCGGACGCGGAAGCCUUUUCAUCGUUGCUACCAUGGGCCAAGGUGAUGAUAGUGGCGUUGGCAAGUGUAUCUGGAUUCAUGAGUCCAUUUUCCAGCACUAUUUACGUGCCCGCACUGGACGAGAUUAGCAAGAAAUUGCACAUCUCUCGAGCGGACACGCUGCUCUCUGUCACUCUGUAUUUGGUGUUCCAGGGACUCUCGCCCUCUUUCUGGGGUCCGCUCUCCGAUCAGCUGGGUCGUCGUCCUAUCUUGCUCAGCACCUUUACGGUCUUGCUCGGGGCCAACCUUGGUCUGGCCUUCUCGAAUACCUUUUGGCUUCUACUGGUGCUGCGCAUGGUACAGGCAUUUGGCUCCAGCAGUGCUAUGGCUAUUGGUGCCGGUCUCAUCGGCGACAUAGCUCGGAGAAAGGAGCGGGGACGGUACAUGAGCUAUUUUCAGUCAGGUGUAUUGCUUGGUCCGUGCGUCGCUCCCGUGGUGGGCGGUUUGGUAUCGCAUCGCUGGGAUUGGCACGCCCCCUUUUUUUUCCUGGCAGCAUUUGGCGGUCUGUUAAAUGUGGUGCUGGCCUUGUUUCUGCCAGAGACACUCCGAAAGUUGAUGGGCGAUGGGUCUCGGCAGCCUCGUGGUAUAUGGAAACCGUGGGUGCCGAUGCGAUGGACACCCAAGCCAGGCGCGAACGAGCGAGCACCGCCGCUCAUGCAUCCAGUGUCUACUUUGAGCAUCCGUCAAAUGGGAUUCGAGAAGCCUUGGCUGGUCUAUGGCCAACUGGAUAUUUCGUUGCUGGUGGCGUCCUAUGCUAUUCCGUUUGCCCUGUUUUCUGUCACGUCUUCCUUUUUCUCGCCCAUUCUUGCUUCGAACUAUGACUACAAUACCAUCGUGAUUGGGUUGUGCUACCUGCCAUUGGGUGCAGGUUUUGCAUUGGGCAGUAUCUUGUCGGGUCGUUUAAUUGAUUCCGAAUACCAACGUGCUAAAAGGAAGCAUGGUCUCCGCUUGAAUCUGUACAAAGCUCGAUUGAAAUUGGGUCCCAUUUUCAACGUGAUCUUUUGCUGCGGUGUUAUGGCCUUUGCAUGGUGCCUGGAUAAGCGUGUGCACAUUGCUGCUCCAUUGACCAUUGUCUUUUUUACCAUGACCGUAUCAAUGAUGUAUUUCACUGCUAUCAAUGCGCUGCUGAUUGACUUAUACCCAGAUCUCGGUGCUUCAAUCAUUGCGUCUGUCAAUAUCUCUCGGUGCAUACUAAGCGCCGUGAUAGUCGCCGUGACGCAAUAUAUCAUCGACGGUAUCGGGACGGGCUGGACUUUUACCUUGUAUUCCCUGGUGGCGUUGGUAUGUCCUAUCCCGGUUACGUUUCUCCUCGUUCGGUUUGGGCCACGCUGGCAAGAAAAGCGUGAGACUCGACAUGCCUCCUCUUACUAA